AGAGGGAGCACCCUCCCCUCUCCCUUUUAACGCUGGCUCAAGCCCUGCCUGCCUCCAGCCGCCUCCGGAGCUGAGCGUCCUCCCAGCGUCACUCCAGGAGAGCCUAUUUUAUAGAGCAGAAGACAGAGGCCCAGAGAGACCAGAUAACUCCGGGAGCCCUGUGUAGAGAGCUGUGCUAUUUAUUUGGGGACCUGGGAGCAGAGACACAGCCACGAUGGGCUGGCGCGAGUUGCGAGUCCUCCGCUCCAAACUACAACUCCCAGGAGGCACCGGGCGCCCAUAGCCCACGUGACGUCACGGCGGCAGAAGGCGCAAGCGGCUCGGCCAGCCCGGCCGGUGGACUUUUGGGCCGUUCCUCUCGGACCCCGGCCCUGGCUCUGGCCCCGAGAUGGGAGCUGCUCCUGGAGGCUGAGCUUGUCAGCAUCCUCGACCGGCUCUCGCCCCUGAAGUCAGAGAAGUGCCCCUGCCCACCCACACCCUUCUUGCCCCGUUUUGGGGUCGCCUCCAUCUAUCCGGUCCUCAGCCCUAGUGGCCGCCCAGUUCGACAAAAGAGCAAAACGAUGAUACUGGCUUCCGUGCUGGGGAGCGGACCCCGGGGCGGGCCAGCACUCUGGCCUCUCUUGGGGCCCGCACUCUCUCUCCGGGCCCGCUCCACAUCAGCCACCGAUACCCACCACGUGGAGAUGGCACGGGAGCGCUCCAAGACAGUCACCUCCUUUUACAACCAGUCGGCCAUCGAUGUGGCAGCGGAGAAGCCCUCAGUCCGUCUCACUCCGACCAUGAUGCUCUAUUCAGGCCGCUCUCAGGAUGGCAGUCACCUUCUGAAAAGUGCCCGGUACUUGCAGCAGGAGUUGCCAGUGAGGAUCGCUCACCGAAUCAAGGGCUUCCGCAGCCUUCCUUUCAUCAUUGGUUGCAACCCCACCAUACUGCACGUGCACGAGCUGUACAUCCGUGCCUUCCAGAAGCUGACAGACUUCCCUCCGAUCAAGGACCAGGCGGACGAUGCCCAAUACUGCCAGCUGGUGCGACAGCUGUUGGACGACCACAAGGAUGUGGUGACCCUCUUAGCUGAGGGCCUGCGUGAGAGCCGGAAGCACAUAGAGGAUGAGAAGCUCGUCCGCUACUUCUUAGACAAGACGUUGACUUCAAGGCUUGGGAUCCGCAUGUUGGCUACACAUCAUCUGGCGCUACAUGAGGACAAGCCCGACUUCGUUGGCAUCAUCUGCACUCGCCUCUCACCAAAGAAGAUUAUUGAAAAGUGGGUGGACUUUGCCAGACGCCUGUGUGAACACAAGUAUGGCAACGCCCCCCGAGUCCGCAUCAAUGGACAUGUGGCUGCCCGUUUCCCCUUCAUCCCGAUGCCUCUGGACUACAUCCUGCCCGAGCUGCUCAAGAAUGCCAUGAGAGCCACAAUGGAGAGUCACCUAGACACUCCCUACAAUGUCCCAGAUGUGGUCAUCACCAUCGCCAACAAUGAUAUCGAUCUCGUCAUCAGGAUUUCAGACCGGGGCGGGGGAAUCGCUCACAAAGACCUGGAUCGGGUUAUGGAUUACCACUUCACUACAGCUGAGGCCAGCACCCAGGACCCCCGGAUCAGCCCCCUCUUCGGCCACCUGGACCUGCACAGUGGCGGCCAGUCGGGACCCAUGCACGGCUUUGGCUUCGGGCUGCCCACAUCGCGGGCCUACGCGGAGUACCUCGGUGGCUCCCUUCGGCUGCAGUCCCUACAGGGCAUUGGCACGGACGUCUACCUGCGGCUCCGUCACAUCGACGGCCGGGAGGAAAGCUUCCGCAUCUGACCCCGCAGACCCCUUGGUCUGCUUUCCUGCCAAGGGUGGGCCACACACCCUGGCAGGACCUUCCGGGCCCAGCAGGGUGCCACCCUGCUCCACACACUGCUGCAUCUCGGGUCUUAGGGCCCCAAGCAGAUGGACUUACGUGGAGCCAGGCGCCUCCCCUCCUCGAUGGGGUCCACUGCUUCCCUGCCUCCAGGCCUUAGAGAGGAUGAAGUGGGGACCCUUGGGGUCUCCAGCACCAGCUCCGUCAUUCUUAUUCCUGGGGAAACCCCCACUCUGACCUGCUGUUUGUUAUUAAAGUUCACAUUUUGAAUGCC